AUGUUUUAUGCAGAUGUUUCAAGUGACCAAGUACCUUACCACACAAAGCCCCGUUACACUGAUAGCCGUGCAUACCCACUGCCUGAUGCGAAAUUUGUAUCUGAGUUGACAGAACAGCAGAAGGCUCUCAAAGAAAAGGAAGGAGGAUCCUGGACUCAACUGACCAAAGAUGAGAAACUUGCAUUGUACCGUAUUAGCUUUAAGCAAUCCUAUGCAGAGAUGAACAAGGGAAAUCCGAAUGAGUGGAAAACGGUAUUGGGAAUAGCAUUUUACUUCAUAGCCUUUACUGGAUUAUAUCUUUGGUGGCAACGUGUAUAUGGUUAG